AACUUUUUCUGCUUACUAUUUCCCUGCAAUAAGUUUCUUUUUUCAUACUUUUAUUGUUUUUUAAUUGAACUGUGGGGUCCAUUGGGGCUUAGUUUGAUUCUGGAUGGCUGAACUGGUGCGAAUCCGUAGGAAACGGCUGCAGAUCCCCAUCUCUAGGCUGAGGAGCAUGCUGAAGCAGCUAGAGGAGAAAGAUGUCGACUUUGAAGAGAUCAAAAAGAAUUUGGAUCUCACAGCGUCACUGCUGGAGGCCGUAUAUCUUGAUGGAACAAGGCAAUGCCUGGAGUCGGAGGAUGACCUUCAACAACUGCACUCAGAUGGGGUGCCUUCGGAGGUCACUGAUUGGCUGGCAUCCACGUUCACCCAGAGAGUCCGCCGCCCCGCUCGCCGCUCGGACGAGAAGCCGAAGUUCCGCAGCAUCGUCCACGCAGUGCAGGCUGGGAUAUUUGUGGAGAGGAUGUUCAAGAGGGCCUACACAGCAGCCAUGCCAGACCAACCUGUGGCUGUCGUAAACUGCCUCAGGGACGUUGACCGCUGGAACUUUGACGUGUUUGCCCUGAACUCAGCUAGCUCUGAUCACGCCCUGCGAACCUUGUUCUUUGAGCUGAUCAUCAGAUAUGAGCUCAACAGCCGCUUCAAGAUCCCCAUCUCGUGCCUGACAGAGUUCCUGUCUGCACUGGAGAGCGGCUACUGCAAACACAACAACCCCUACCACAGCCACGUUCAUGCCGCUGAUGUCACCCAGACGCUGCACUGCCUGCUGCUCCGCACUGGACUCGUGCACUGGCUGACAGAGCUUGAAGUGAUGGCGUCUCUAUUUGCAGCGGCCAUCCAUGACUAUGAACACACAGGAACCACAAACAACUUCCACAUCCACACAAAGUCAGAGUUUGCACUGAUCUACAAUGACCGCUCGGUACAAGAGAGCCAUCACCUCAGUGCGGCUUUCCGCCUGCUGCAGGACGACCAACUGAACAUCUUCAUUAAUUUGACGCGAGAGGAAUGGAUGGAGCUACGAUCACUGGUUAUAGAGAUGGUACUGGCCACAGACAUGUCGUCUCAUCUCCUCCAAGUUAAAGCCAUGAAAUCCUGUCUGCAACAACAAGAAAGCAGGAUUGACAAGCCCAAAGCACUGUCGCUAUUACUCCACACGGCUGACAUAAGCCACCCAUCCAAGCCCUGGGUGCUGCACUCUCGCUGGACCAAAUCCCUAAUGGAGGAGUUUUUCAGACAGGGCGAUAGAGAGGCAGAGCUGGGCCUGCCCUUCUCUCCCCUGUGUGAUCGAAAAAGCACCCUUGUAGCCGAAUCCCAGAUUGGUUUCAUAGACUUCAUAGUGGAUCCUACCUUCUCCCUGCUGACGGACAUGGCUGAAAAAAUAGUUAUUCCUUUGGUGGAAGAGAACCCAGGCCCUCCAGACCCCUGCAAUAGACACAGUAAUUUGUGGAAGGAAAGCUCCAGGGGUCUGCAGUGGAGUCUGGCUCACAUCACAGCCGAGCUGGUGAGCUUCCGCUCCACUUGGACGCGACACACUGAGGACAACAAGGUGAAAUGGAAGGAAAGUGGCUCCAACGGAUUCUCAGAUCCCAGUGUGACGAAAGAGCAAAGAUCCAGACAAGAGGAGCUGUCAGAAAAAUGCCUGCAACCCCCCACUAAUGAUACAAAACAGUAGAGACAGCCUAUGUUGUAAGAUGUGGUUUUUCACAGUGAAUAUGCAACGAUUAACUGAGGUUAAUAUUGAAUCACUUCAGGAAGAACAUGAUGUGCUCUUACAUCAUAAUUGUGGGGGCCAGGUGAACGCAGCAGUGAUGGAGGGGGAAAAAGGGGCAGUUUGAGUUCCAGUAGGCAUAGCAAUGUCCUCAUGUCUUAUAUGAAGUAUAGAAAAUACAUUAAUAAUUUAAAUUCAAAGUCUACAUGCUGGCCAUGUGAUGGUACAUGUCAUUAAUUUAAUUUACCACCAAAACACUUGUAAGAAACACGUUUUUGUAGUUUUACCUGUACACCAAUUAUUUAACCAUGCAUUAAACUUUGAAAAAUAUUUAAAUGCAUGUCAUGUAUGAGAUCACAGUAGUAGGAAUUCCCAAUAAGGCUGGCCUUAUUAUAAUAGGAUAUGAUGUUUUGUCAUUAUUAAAAUGUAUGGAAGUUUCAACUGCAUGCUGUACCAAGGAAAGGUUCUAGUACCACUAAAUUUUAUAUUCAUUUAUAAUCUGUGUUAUUGCUCACCAAACAAAUGAAUCACAGAUGCCUGCGUUGUAUUCUUCUUAGCCUAGGAGUUUGAAGCAUGAACACAUAGGAAGUGUUUAUGACAGAUCGAGGUGCACAGCUUAUUCUGCAGACCAGGAAAUCAGUGCAUAAGCUACUGAGGUCAUACUGAAUGAUGUGCCACAUUUUUUUCACCCCAGUCUAAUUUAAUAGUCUUUUGGGAAACGGCUUAAAGUGGUUUGAAAAUUGAUGUUUGAUAACUUCCACAAGAAAUAAUGCCAAUCAAAAAUGAGGUUCAAAUGUGGACGCCAGGCAAGAAAGGGGAUUUGCUUGGUUUUUCUGAUAACCUUUGAUACUUGUUACCUUGCCUUGGUCUUGUAACAGGCAGUGCUUGUCCAUCAGAGGCCAUGCGUCUUGUUAAAGUGCACUUGAGAAAGACACUGGACCUAUGCCUGCUUGUUGUAUGUGAGUUGCUCUGGGUUAAACCAUCAAAUAAAUGGCUGAUAUGUGAAU